UUCCAGUUUUCAUUUUGCACUCUAACAAAGUUCACGACACAAAAUGAAGUUAAUUAUAAUAACGGUUUUCGCUUUUAUGUUGUUGUCUGGUGGAUACACCAAACAUACAAAAAGUAACGAUGACAUUUCCUUCUGUGUUUGUCCCAUGAUAUAUCGACCAGUAUGCGCGUCUGACGGCAAGACCUACGGCAACCCUUGCGAGGUCGAGUGCGAAAAGAAGAAGGGGUCGAAGCUGAGCAUCGUGACAUACAGGGAGUGCGAAGGUAUCAGUCUGCUGGAGUCUAUUGCCAAGCGCUUCAAAAAGCGUUCCAAGAAAAUGUAAUAAUAAAGAUUGUACGUUAACUUUGUGCGAGCAUAUUUGUAUGUAACAAUAAAGUAUUUUUGUAGGAA